CUGGAAAUCUCUGCUUACCUGAGAGUUUUAAAAGGUGAGGAACGUGAAACAAUAUCCUCUUGCAGAUACCAUAGAGACCUUCCAGCCACUAAAGAGAGGAACAACCAAUGGGAAAAUGGCACCAGCAUGGGUACAAAGACGUUUCUCUUCUGCUGUGAGUUGCUUUAUAUCAAUUCACUGGUUUUACUGGUAUCUCUCUUUGCUUAGAAGAAGCAGAAAAACAGUGAAAUAGAAACAACAGACUAAGGAUAACAGGCUGAUGAUCACUAUCAUCCAAAGUACCCUUCACAUUCAUAUCUUCAAAAAGCUAUACCUGCCACUACAAUCGGGUUGAGCAGAGCUUCCUCUCCUGUGGCUGCUGUCAUCUUCAAUGGUACUGAGAGGCAGUAAUAUCGCUCACAAACUUCCUGAAGCAUUUGCACUCCUGCACUGAGGGAUACCUGGGCUGCUAUGAUCUCACACCUUUUUAUAAGUAAACCUCUUUGCUCCUAGUUUUUCUUCAAUCCUUCCUGAACGACAACUGAAAACAACUCUCUACAAAGUUAAGAAGGCUCUGUUCCCUCCACCACUUGCCUUAACUUCCCCCAACCAUUAGACUUCAAUAAGAAGAACUAAGAAUGGUGAGAACGUUUUCUCUCCUUAAACAAGAAGUGAGAGCCUCCACUGUUUGUGGAUGACUUGUUCAGAACCAGAAGAAUUCUCUCACAGCAGCUCUCUCCAGUAAGCAAAAGGACAAAUUCUUUUUGAAACCCAGGAACGGGAGAGCAGCACUGAACUGGACUGUGAACUUAAGCAUUUUGUGUGUUUGCAUAGUUAUUACCCUUUCUGUUGGGCUUUUUGGACAGAUGAAGUUGGUCUCUCUAUUUGCACAAACAACUGUUCUACCAAAAGGUCACCUUAUUUUCAUAUAUUAAUGUAUGUGUACAUGCCUGUUACUUUUUUCACACUGGUUAAUAUGAUCUUGGUAUGGAAACUAAAAGGAAGGAUUUGUUCAAAAAGAAGCACAGCUGCCUAAAUGUUGAGUAGGCUCUCAGAGAUGUCCUGCUGAACGGGGACAGCGUGAAACAGCUCAGUAGAAGCCAAACCCACACCAGGUAAGACUCUGAAAGAAAACCCUUUACAGCAAAGCCAAUGGGAAGAAGCCAAAAGCUCACACCAUCCCUUCUAUAGAUCAAAGUAGUAUCACGGGAAUCGACUCGAGAACUAGCCAGCAUCUGUCCCCUCCGAGGCCAUCUCCUCUGAUUAAUGCUCACUUUCUUUUAACAAAGCAGACUCCUGUGAGUGCUCCUCACAAAGGUAGGAGCAACCACAGCUUUACCCUUAGCGCUAGGACGUACUGCGAAUCAAUAAGGAAACCAACAAACGGAAGCUUUACGCUGCGCCUUUUCAAAGCGCCGCUUUCGAAACACUCACUUGCCCGGGCGCACAUUCCCUCACUGCUGGCACCGCGGGGUCCAUUCGCACCCUUUAACACCCACGGGACGGCCGCACCGCCUCCAGUCUCCACCCUCCGAACCCGGUGGGCGGGCCGGGCCGCGGGGCGGUGUUCGCCGUCUGCACCUCGACGGGGCGGCGGCCAGUCUCACGCCGACGGGCAGCGUGCGGGAUGUGAGCGGCGGCUCCAGCACCCGGAGCGAGCGGCCGCCGGCGCCGAGCUGCAGCAUGUGGCUCGCCCUGCUCCUGGGGCUGGUCCUCUCCCGAGCCGGAGACUUCCUGGCUCUGCCACGGAGUGAUUGCAUAGUAGCAGAACAGCUGUGCCUCUUAGACUCCAUCUGCAAUGCCACCUACAGGACUCUGGAAAACUGUGACCUUGCUAAGACUCGCUUCCUGGCGCUAGAUCAUGAUAGCAGGGUCAGAUGUCUGAAUGCAGAGCUAUACCUUGGGAACAGCUCUUUACUGCACUGCAAGUGCCAUCGGCGCAUGAAGAGACAGGAGCAUUGCCUGCGCAUUUUCUGGACUGUUCACUCCAGCAUGACAGAUGGUUAUUUCAAUUUGGAAACUUCUCCCUAUGAGAAUCCAGCAAUUGAAGAGCACUGGAAAACAGAUUAUAAUGAACUGGCAGCUCUGGUAUCAGGCUCUCAGUUAGCAGGAGAUGCAACAAACCCAUGCCUGAAAGCAACUCAUGUCUGUAAUUUGAGCAAGAAGUGUGUUCGGCUGCGCACAGACUAUGCCUCAAUCUGCACCAGAGGGGCAGGAAGUGAGGACACGUGUGACCGUCGCAGAUGCCAUCGAGGGCUAAGAAAUUUCUUUGAGAAAGUCCCCGAGGAUUUCACUAGAAGGAUCCUAUUCUGUCCAUGCCAGGAUGAACUUUGUGGAGAACGACGCCGGAAAACUAUUGUUCCCGAUUGUUCCUUUCAGUAUAGCACCAAACCCAAUUGCCUCUGGCUUCUGGACUCCUGCUUGGAAGACCAUAUCUGCAAAUCCCGGCUGGCUGAUUUCCAACAAAACUGCCAACCUGCAGGUAUGUCCCCAGAUGGUUGCUCUCAGCACAACCAUGCUGCAUGCCUGCAGGCUUACAUGGGGAUGAUUGGCACACCUAUGACACCCAACUACAUCAGUAACUCCAGCGUGGAGGUCUCCCUGUGGUGUACCUGUGAAAGCAGUGGCAACCAAAAGGAGAAGUGUGACCAGAUACUUGGCAUGUUUGAGAGCAACAAAUGCCUUGAAAAUGCUAUUUGGUCUCAAAUGCACCAGAAGCUGACAGGUCUGGAAGGACAGAAAGACUUACUUUAUCCAUCUUCCCUAAGCUUCCAAGGAGACAGUGCCAGCACAUCUCUUGCUUCAGAAAUGUCCCAGGUGGCUGAAGUGAAGACGCAGCAAGACACCUCUGAACACAGCAGUUUGCCUAUGGCCUCCUCUGUAUAUUCUGGAGCUGCUGUUUCUUGGCCAUCUCUGUCUCUAUUCCUUCCCCUGUUGCUGAGCCCACUUUAAUUUGGCAUAAAUGACAUCUUUCCUUCCCAUAUUAUUAAUCUUAUCCCAUACCAGGCACCUCCCAUUACUGAUUUACCCUCAAGAAACAAAAGGCUUCUGUAAAAGAGGAAGGGAACAGCCUUAACCUAUAACUGCAGUCACUGAAAACCUUCCCCUGACUUGGACCCCACUUUCCUCCAAUCAGUCUGCACUGAGAGAUGCACAUUCGGAGCCCACCAUUGCUUCUGCCACAUUUAGCAUUUGGAGUAACAGUCAGGCUAAUAUUCAACCGCAGUAUUUUAAAACAAAAGUCUGAAUUCUAUCAGAACUUGUGUGGGGUUAGGUUUCUAACUACAGGGAUGCACAUGACACUGUUUCCUAGCACCCUACCUGUUUGAGCUCUUGAGGCAGAGAGUACAGCAUGCCAUCCUUAAGUGCCGGGUCCUGCGCUUUGGCCACAACAACCGCAGGUAACACUACAGGCUUGGGGCGGAGUGGCUGGAAGACUGUCUGGAAGAAAUGAACCUGGAGGUGUUGGUCGAUGCUCAGCUAAACAUGAGCCAGCAGUGUGCCCAAGUGGCCAAGAAGACCAGUGGCAUCCUGGCUUGUCUCAGAAAUAGUGUUGCCAGCAGGAGCAGAGAAGUGAUAUGCCCUGUACUCAGCUCUAGUGAGGCUGCACCUCAGGUACUGUGUUCAGUUUUUGGCCCCUUACUACAGGAAAGAUAUCAAGGCCCUGGAGCAUGCCCAGAGGAGGACAGUGAAGCUGGUGAAGGGUCUGGAGCACAGGCCUUUUGAAGAGCAGCUGAAGGAACUGGGAUUGUUCAGUCUGGAGGAGAGGAGACUCGG